ACGACGACAACGACAACGGCGACAGCCAUUCCUUUUCUCUUUCGCUCUUUUUCGCAAUCCUCGUCGACGAGCUCCUAAGUUAUGUCCUCGUCCACCGCCAUUCCCCAAACCGCGCCCGCUGGCGGCCUCACCAUCACCCAACCUCCCCAAACGGCGACCUCGUACUACAAGAUCGCGGACUCGAACACAAUCACCUUCGCAUGGAAUUUCACGGACGUCCUGGCUACGCCGACCUCCCUCACCGUCUCCGCCGUCUGUGAUAACGGGAACACCUACCCCGUCGGCCCGACAGACGGUAUCAUUGCCGGAGAUGCGACGAGCGUACUGUGGGACCUCGGCGCGUACCAGUCCGCCCACCCGAACCUACCACUCGCCGAGGCGACGUACGUGCUGCACAUCUGGGACGACCGGGGGUCGGGCGCGGCGAGGGAGCCUGGAUUCCUCUCGGAAAACUCGGCGCUCAAGUUCGCCAUGUACAGCCCGCAACCGUACACCCCCCUGGAAGACUGGACAUGUCCAACAUGUAACGGCGCCCUGUCCGACUACAUCGCCCAUCCCGCAUUCAUCAGUCUAACCGUCACCCUGGUCGUGAUGUUCCUGUCGGGCUACUCCCUCGUCAGGCAAGCGACGCGGUAGAGUUUCCACCACAGCGACGGCGGACGGAGAGGUGCAGGUGGGGCGUGCGUGGGUGUGGAGCGGUAGUGCUCACGGAUCAUUUGUGCAUUGGCAUGGACUCACAGGACAUCAUGACGCUACGUCUAUAGCUUUGCUCGCGUUUUUCUGUUUUCAGGGCGAUCCUCUAUUCGUAUGGACUUCUCUCAUCCCAUCCUAUAGCGCACAUCACUACCCAUAAUAUGUUCCAUAACCAUAGAGUGGCCGGCGAGCUCGGGCGCCGUCCACUGGACAAUUCCUCCCGCCGAACACCAGCGCGUGCGAACAGGGUGCGGACCAUUUGUCAGCUCACUUGGAGCUAUUGCCAUAUAGAUACUUUCCCGGUAUGCCCGAGAGGUGAGAAGGCCAUUGACUUCAACGUUCAAACGUUCAAACGUUCAACUGUCGAAAACUGGCUGAAGAGAUCGUCUGAAACCGUUUCAAGCAGGCCGACAGCUGCGCAGCGACCCCGAGCCGCCCUCGCGGGACCGGUAACUCAAGUGUACACUAGGAAGCAUCUGACCUCGAUUUUGAAGCCAUCGCGCGGGAAGAAGUUACGACGCACGUCAGGAGAGCCGUCAUCGCAACCACCACGCUGCUGCGUCCUGGUGUCACCGUCGCC